CCCUAUGCAUGGCCCAGCCCUCGCCCCUGGAUUUCCUUCCCCGAAUCAGCCGUUUCUGUUCCAACACUUAUCCCUCCCUCCGUAUAUCCAUGUCCAUAUGCCCCACCCCGGCCCCGGGCACCAAUACCUGUCAUCCUCAUCAAGUCACCUCCUUCCGUCAAUUCGCUACAUGUUCCGUAUGUUACCAAAAUAGAUCAGCACCACAUUCACAUUCACAUAUUUAAAGGGAUCAGAUCACUACUUAUAUCACUCCUAUUUACGCCCAAAUCAUACAUGGCCGCGCGUUUUGUUUGACCCGCAUCCAAUCUCCCACACUUAUGGACCUCCUUUGAUCGAACUGCACCACGUACCCUCCUUGAAAAAGUUCGGUAUUGUUUUGGGAGUUCGUUUCUGAUCGAUGCUCCUUGACAAUGGGGACUGUCAAAACUGGGAGUGAUCGCAAAGGUAAGAACGGCGUCGCCAGAAAGCAGCGGAAAGGGCAGCAGAGAGUGGGGCCAGCGGCGGUUCAGAAUUUGUAUGAUACUUGUAAUGAAGUUUUUGCCGAUUGCAGUCCAGACAUCGUUCCCUCGCCGGAGAAUGUUGAACGGGUCAAGGCUAUUUUGGAUGAAAUGUCCGGGGUAGACACUGGCCUAUCGCCGUCCAUGCCUUACUUCAAGCCAACGGGAAGUGAUAGGCCACCAAGAAUCACAUAUAUGGGCAUUCAUGAGUGUGACAAAUUCUCAAUAGGAAUCUUUUGCUUGCCGCCAUCGGGCGUUAUACCUCUCCACAACCAUCCCGGAAUGACAGUCUUCAGCAAGAUUCUUUUUGGGGAAAUGCAUAUACAGUCUUAUGACUGGGCGGAUGGUAGCCUUGCUGAUAGUACUCUGCAGAGCAAUGGUUGCGGGGUUCGUUUGGCGAAGAGGAAGGUAAAUUCGGAAUUGAGGGGUCCUUGCAAGAGCAGCAUUCUGUACCCGGAUGAUUGUAAUAUGCACUGCUUCAGGGCACUGACUGCUUGUGCCGUUCUUGAUGUGCUUGUCCCGCCCUACAAUGAUCUUCAAGGCCGUCAUUGUCAAUACUAUUUGGACUACCCUUUUCCCAAUUUCUCAGUGGAAGGUGAAGGUGCAUCGGUUCCAAAAGUGGGUGAGGAGGAAAGCUUCGUGUGGCUGAAAGAGCGGGCAAUGCCAGAAGAUUUGACGAUUGUUGGAACUCUGUACAAAGGACCAAAAUUAGCGAAAUGAGUUUAUCAUUCCACGAACUCUCACUUGUAACCAGCUGCUCAUUGUAAAUUGCAUAUACACUAGGUUUUCUCUCCUUUUUUUUGCCUGGUUAUGCCUUAGAUAUAGAUGGGGAGAGGAACAAACGUUUUCCCCUUCUUCCUGCUUUUAUUAGUCUUGUGAUCUGAAUCAGCUUUGUAUAUUUGAGAAAGGAUGAAGAACAUAUUGCCCCUCCUUUAAAAUUCAAAUGUCUCGUGGGAAAAAGAUCUUGUUCUUUUAUCGAAUUAAUGGUCC